CGCAGCGAGAGGAGGAGGAGGAGGAUGUUCAGCUGGACUUCUGCGACUUAACGCAGCGCUUCAUCUCAAACCAAGCACAUGGCUGUUUGGGGAACGGGGUUUCCUUCGUAAGAAACCCACUUUUUGUGGAGUUUUUUUGCGUGAGAGUUUUUUUUUCUUCUUCUUUCUUUUGAAGAGAAACGAGUGUGUGAAUUCGAGAGCUGCCAGAGACGCGCGGAGGAGCGCGUUACGCGGAGUGGACUUCACUUUCCCGUUUCACACACUUUGUGGACUUCAUGAUUUAUAGUAGAUAUAUCUAAUAUAUGUAAAUAUAGCAUAACCCACAGGACACGAGGGGAUUGAGAGAGACUGAGAGUUUGGAGUGAAGCUUUUUUUUUUUUCUUUUGGUGUGUGUUUGUGGAUGCGUUCAUCCCGAACAGCUCCGGCUGAUCCUGCUGUUAAAUGGAUCGUCUCAGUUACUGGUCCCAGCACACUGGCUUAUGUCAGUAACUAGGACCCGUCCCGAACCCCCACAGCACAGGAACAGACCGGCUUGUCAUUUUUUAGACGUCACUGUUUUAAUUCCCUGCCUUUGAACUGGAGGAUUUGCGCGUCAGAGGUGGAUAUUAAUAUGCCAGAAUGGGUCCGCUAGUGUUCAUCCUUGUUGGUGGAUUACUGUAUUUUCAAGUUGAUGGAUCUCGUCUGCGCCAGGAGGACUCCCCACCCCGGAUUGUGGAGCACCCCUCUGACCUGAUUGUAUCCAAAGGGGAGCCCGCCACUCUCAACUGCAAGGCAGAGGGGCGGCCAAAUCCCACAGUUGAAUGGUACAAGGAUGGCGAGCGGGUGGAAACAGACAAAGAUGACCAACGUUCUCACCGCAUGCUGCUACCCAGCGGCUCACUUUUCUUCCUACGCAUCGUUCAUGGACGACGGAGCAAACCGGAUGAGGGAGCCUACGUCUGCGUGGCCCGGAACUACCUGGGAGAAGCUGUCAGCCGCAACGCCUCUUUGGAAGUAGCAUUGCUGCGAGAUGACUUCAGACAAAACCCUACGGACGUGGUGGUGGCAGCAGGCGAGCCAGCGAUCCUUGAGUGUGUUCCUCCCAGAGGUCACCCUGAACCCACGAUUUACUGGAAGAAGGACAAAGUACACAUCGACGAUAAGGAUGACAGGGUCACAAUUCGAGGGGGCAAGCUAAUGAUCUCCAACACAAGAAAAAGUGAUGCUGGCAUGUACAUCUGUGUGGGCACCAACAUGGUCGGAGAAAGAGACAGCGAGACAGCACAAGUCACUGUAUUUGAACGACCGACCUUCCUCCGGAGGCCCAUCAACCAGGUGGUCCUGGAGGAGGAGUCAGUGGAGUUCCGUUGCCAAGUGCAAGGAGAUCCGCAGCCCAACGUACGCUGGAGGAAAGAUGACAUUGAUGUGCCUCGUGGGAGGUACGAGAUCAAAUAUGACAAGGACGACUAUGUACUACGCAUAAAGAAGGCUUCUGUUAAUGACGAGGGCACAUUCACCUGUGUGGCAGAGAACCGUGUGGGCAAGCUAGAGGCCUCCGCCACUCUCACAGUCAGAGCUCGUCCUGUAGCUGCACCCCAGUUUGUCAUCCGUCCAAGGGACCAAAUUGUGGCUCAGGGUCGUACGGCUACCUUCCCAUGUGAGACCAAGGGAAACCCUCAGCCUGCUGUCUUCUGGCAGAAGGAGGGAAGUCAGAAUUUGCUGUUUCCCAACCAGCCUCAGCAGCCCAACAGUCGCUUUUCAGUGUCACCCAGCGGCUACCUCACCAUUUCAUCUGUGCAGCGGGCAGAUGCUGGUUAUUAUAUUUGCCAAGCCCUGACCGUGGCAGGCAGUAUACUUGCCAAGGCUCAACUGGAGGUCACAGAUGUACUCACAGACAGGCCUCCACCCAUCAUUCGUCAAGGUCCAUCCAAUCAGACCCUGGGGGUGGACAGCGCGGCGCUGUUGAAGUGCCAGGCAUCAGGAGACCCAAUUCCCUCCAUCAGCUGGCUGAAGGAUGGGGUCAGUCUACUGGGCAAGGACUCCCGAAUGUCCCUGCAGGAGCUGGGAAGCCUCCAAAUCAAGAAUAUUAAGCUUUCAGACUCUGGAAUCUACACAUGUGUGGCUACUAGCUCCAGUGGAGAGACAUCAUGGAGUGCAUUUUUGGAAGUCAAAGAAUCUGGUGAAGUGGUGGUUGUAAAGAACCAUGAUGAAAAUGAGCUACCAGGCCCACCAUCUAAGCCCCAGGUGACUGAUGUAACCAAGAACAGCGUGUCAUUGUCCUGGCAGGCCGGGAUUGCUGGUGCUUCACCUACAUCCUCUUUUGUCAUCGAAGCCUUCAGCCAAUCAGUGAGCAACAGCUGGCAAACUGUUGCAGAUCACGUCAGAAGCACCCAAUUUACAGUGAAAAAUCUCCGGCCCAACACCAUCUACCUGUUCAUGGUUCGAGCUGUCAACAGCCAGGGCCUAAGCGAUCCAAGUCCCAUGUCUGAGCCUGUCAGAACACAAGAUAUAAGUCCUCCAUCUCAGGGUGUCGACCACAGGCAUGUACAGAAAGAGCUCGGCGAGGUCAUCGUUCGUCUGCACAACCCAGUAGUCCUGAGUCCCACAAGUAUUCAGGUCACAUGGACAGUAGACCGCCAAUCCCAGUUCAUCCAGGGUUACAGAGUGCUGUUUCGGCAAACAUCAGGACUGCCAUCCCCAGGACCCUGGCAGGCCCAAGAAGUAAAGGUUCCAUCAGAGCGAAGUGUCGUCCUUUCUGGACUCAAGAAGGGCAUUGUAUAUGAGAUUAAAGUUCGACCUUACUUCAAUGAGUUUCAAGGGAUGGACAGUGAAUCCAAGACAGGACGGACUAAUGAGGAAGCCCCCAGCGCGCCUCCCCAGCAGGUAACAGUGCUGACCGUGGGAAACCAGAACAGCACGUCCAUUAGCAUCUCCUGGGACCCCCCUCCACCAGACCACCAGAAUGGCAUCAUCCAAGAGUACAGGAUCUGGUGUUUGGGUAAUGAGACCCGUUUCCAUGUAAAUAAGACUGUGGAUGCAGCCAUACGCUCAGUGGUGGUCGGAGGUCUUCAGAUGGGAGUACUGUACCGAGUGGAAGUGGCUGCCAGCACAAGUGCAGGGGUUGGUGUCAAGAGUGAACCCCAGCCUAUUGUCAUAGGUAAGGACUUCCGGGACGUGAUCAUGACUGGAAACAGAAACAACAGCAUCACGGAGCAGAUCACCGACGUGGUGAAACAGCCGGCUUUUAUCGCCGGCAUUGGGGGAGCCUGCUGGGUCAUCCUCAUGGGCUUCAGCAUCUGGCUCUACUGGAGGAGAAAGAAGAGAAAGGGCCUGAGCAACUACGCAGUUCAGUCCUUCACCUUCACCCCUGCAGUCACAUUUCAGAGAGUUGAUGGUGGUCUGAUGAGCAAUGGAAGCCGGCCAGGACUACUGAAUGCAAGUGACCCAGGUUACCCCUGGUUAGCAGAUUCCUGGCCAGCUACCAGUCUGCCUGUCAACAGCAACUCAGGGGGACCCAAUGACCUGAGCAACUUUGGCCGAGGAGAUCUCCCCAGUGGGCAAGGGGAUAAAACAGGGACCAUGCUCUCUGAUGGAGCCAUCUACAGCAGCAUAGACUUCACUACAAAGGCCAACUAUAACAGUCCUGGACAAGGAUCUCAGGCCACUCCUUAUGCCACCACCCAGAUACUCCACUCCAAUAGCAUCCAUGAGCUGGCUGUGGAUCUGCCUGAAUCCCAAUGGAAGGCCUCACUCCAGGCAAAGCAGGAGAUGGCUAACUUGGGCUACUCCCUGCCAGACAAAAACUCAUGUAAUAACACACUCCUUUUCAUUCCUGAUUACCGAUUGGCCGACGGAUUGUCUAAUAGAAUACCACACAACCAAUCACAAGAUUUCAGCACCACCAGCUCUCACAACAGCUCAGAGCGAAGCGGCAGUCUCUCAGGUGGAAAGGGAGGAAAGAAGAAAAAGACCAAGGCUGCCUCAAAACCCACUAAAGUCAACGGGUCCAGCUGGGCCAAUGUUCCUUUGCCUCCUCCUCCUGUUCACCCUUUGCCUGGCACAGAGGUGGACCACUAUCCCAAUGAUCAUCAUGACGGAGGAGGAUAUGAGAGUGAUGGUUGGGGCCCGGCCAUGCCCGUGCAGACUUAUCUUCAUCAGGGCAUGGAAGAUGAACUGGAAGAAGAGGAAGAGAGGGUUCCCACUCCACCCAUCCGUGGGGUCGCUUCUUCCCCAGCUGCAGUGUCUUUUGGUCAGCAGUCCACAGCCACCCUCACGCCAUCUCCCAGGGACGAGAUGCAGCCGAUGCUCCAGGCCCAUUUGGAUGAACUGACUCGAGCAUAUCAGCUAGACAUGGCGAAGCAGACAUGGCACAUGCAGGGCGGCUCUCUUCCUCCUCAGGCUCCAGCUCCUCCGGUGGGCUAUGUGUCUAGUACACUGGUUUCUGACCUGGAGACUGACCUGGCUGAUGAGGAUGAGGAGGAAGAGGAUGAGGAUGAAGGCUAUGGGGCAAGACAUCCUUGUGGUAUUGAGCACACGCCAGGUUCGAGCAUGGACAACCUGGACAGCUCUUUGACAGGUAAAGGCUUGUCCCACAGGCCCAGGCCCAGCAGUCCAUUCUCUACAGAUGGCAGCACAGUCGGCACACACAGCUUGGGCCACCAGAGGGCCACCAGGCCCACACGGAAACCCCGAAGCCAGGGCAUGGCAGCCCACCGGAAAGAUGCUUGCGCAGAUGACCUACCUCCUCCGCCUGAGCCUCCCCCCUGCCAGGGGCAGGGUUGUAUCCAGGGAGCCCGCAGUGUAACCAGCGUGGGGCCAUCUUCAGACAGAAAGGCUUCGUCUUUAGAACGCACGCCAUUGUCAGGACCCCUGUCUGCGCAGGAGGACAUAAAGAUCUCCAUUGACAGACAGACUCGCACAUCUCUGGAGCAUCAUCGCCAGGUUCAAGAAAGGCUGGGAUCCAUUGAGCGAGCUGAUGAUGGGCGCAGAGGACACAAAACAGAGGAGGGAUGCCUGCCCUACAGUAAGCCAUCAUUUCCCUCCCCUGGUGGCCACAGCUCCUCUGGUACAGGCUCAUCUAAGAGCUCAACAGGACCACGCAAGCCUGAAGGCCCACGACAGCCACAUCAGUGGACAGCCACGGAGCACGCUGAAUUCUUGGGGACCAAUGGACAGGGACAGUACUCAGGAGAUUUAUAGUGAUCCCCAGGGAGUUGAACUGGAGAAAAUCCUGGCCUGUGCCAGAAAGAAUGGCACGUCGCUUGCGGCGGUGACCUCUGCCCUUACCCGUGUGCUCUCAAAGGGAAGAAUUGAAGCCGAGGGCGCCGGGGAAAUGCAGUCACAGAACUGUAAAUGUGAUGUAUAGACACAGACAUACUGUACAUCUCACUAUGUUUUUGUCCUUGAGAAAAUAUUUUCCACCUCCUACCUUAUUGUAAUUUUCAUGUUGUUAGAAAAAG